AUGUUUUCUACAAGAUCUACAAAGUCAAGUUUAAAUUACAACAAAGAAAGUAAUGUUGCACGUAUAUCUGGAUCUAUGGCAGCAGGAAUACUUGAAUUGGCAGUUUUCCAUCCUGCCGAUACAAUUUCAAAAAGACUUAUGAGUAAUUAUGGGAAAAUAACAUCUCUGUCACACUUAAAUGAAGUUAUUUUUAAAGAAAAAGUUUCUUCUUCCUUAUCUUUAAAAUUUUUAUCAUUGUUUCCUGGCUUAGGAUAUGCAGCUGGAUAUAAAAUUCUUCAACGUAUAUAUAAAUAUUCUGGUCAGCCUAUUAUCACUGACUAUUUAUCAACUCAUUAUGGGAAAAAUUUUCAAAAUAUUUUUGGAAAAAAUAGUAAAGCAAUAAUACAUGCUACUGCUGGGAGUCUUAUUGGGAUAGGAGAAAUUGUGCUUCUUCCUCUUGAUAUAUUAAAAAUUAAACAUCAAACGAAUCCUGAUGCAUUUAAAGGAAGAAAAUUAAUUGAUAUUAUUAUUGAAGAAAAUUUCAAAUUAUAUCGAGGAUGGGGCUGGACAGCUGCUCGGAAUGCUCCAGGGAGUUUUUCUCUUUUUGGAGGUAGUGCUCUUGUAAAGGAUCAUCUUUUUGGUCUUUCAGAUUACAGCAAAGCUACAUGGAUGCAAAAUUUUGUAGCAUCUAUUGCUGGUGCAGUUGCCAGUCUUACUGUUAGUGCACCAUUGGAUGUUAUCAAGACUCGUGUACAAAGUCGGGAUUUUCAUUAUCCAAAAAGUGGUAUCUUAAUUUUACGAAGUAUGAUUAAAAAUGAAGGCUUUUUUUCAUUCUUUAAAGGAUUAACACCAAAAAUUCUUACAGUGGGGCCUAAGUUAGUAUUUUCAUUUACACUUGUACAGUCCUUAACACCUAUGUUUGAUGUAUUUUUUUCAACUUCUAAAAAACAUAUUUAUUAG